ACGGUUUAGACGCGCAUUAGGGGUUUCGGUAAAGAAACGUUUUCAGAAGUGCAGAACACGUGACCGCGGUGUUCUUUUCCAGUCUGCAAGGACAGCGGAGCUUCAGUCCAGAGUCCGACGUCCUAAAAACUGAAUCAGUCGGAGCUGCGGGACUACAGUCUGAACAGUAACUGGAGCUAAACCAGCUCAGAAGAACACAAAUAUUCAAAUUCAUUAAUGGAGGAAAAGGAAAGAGUUGCUUCUUCAGGGAUGGAUCUCUGUAGAGAAGUGGAUGAGAAGGAUGGCGAUGGGCAAAACCAGCCCAGGACAUCAGUAUCUCCUGAACCCAGCUGUGUGUCUAUGAAGAGUGACCGCUCAAUGCCUAUACCGCCGAUGUUCGGAGAGAAGGAUGUUUCCACUAAUCAGAGAGAUGACCCUGAGAAAUCAGUAUAUCCUGAACACAGCUGUGCAUCUAUGCGGAGUGACCGCUCUAUGCCAAUACCUCCGAUGUUCAGAGAUAAGGACGUAUCCAGUGAUCAAAGAGAUAAACCCCAGAAAAGAAAAUCUCCAGAACCCAGCCAUGUGUCUAUGAGGAGUGACCGCUCUAUGCCUAUACCUCCAAUGUUCAGUGCUGACGAUGUUUCAUCUGAUGGACGAGACAAACCCAAGAGAUCAGUAUCUCCUGAACCCAGCUCUGUGUCUUUGAAGAGUGACCGCUCAAUGCCAAUACCUCCGAUGUUUAGUGGGAAUGUCCAACCAGAGAGAAGAGAUAAACUCCAGAGAUCAGUAUCUCCCGAACCCAGUUGUGUGUCUAUGAAGAGUGACCGCUCUAUGCCAAUACCUCCGAUGUUCAGUGGUGAAGUCCAACCAGAGAGAAGUAGAGAUUGGUGCAGAUUGUGCAAGCAGCUCCUGAAAGAUCCAGUCUCAAUAACCUGUGGACAUUAUUUCUGUAUGAAAUGCAUUAGCAACUACUGGGACAAUUCAAACCCCUCCGGAGGCUUUUUAUGCCCCCAGUGCAGAAAGAGAUCUAAAACACGUCCUGCUCUCCGCCCACAAAAAGCCCAUGACGACUUCAAGCCACAAGUAGAUGAUGAUGUGUGUGGAGUCGUAAUGAAGCACAAAGCCAACAUGAAGAAGAAGUAUGAGUAUCUAUAUGAGGGUAACAGAAGUCCAAAGAAAAGAGUUCACCUUAAUAUUGUUUACACACAACUCUACAUCAUAGAGGCAGAUCGCCAAGGGAUGAAUGAAGAACAUGAGGUUUUACGUGUUGAAUCCAGAAGUCAAGACAUUCCCAUUAAUUGCAACGACAUUUUUAAACAUUGUGAGGAAAACGUUUUUAAGUGGGAUGCAAAAGAAAAACACGUAGACAUGAAAGUGACAACAGGAGCACGGGAAAAAAAUAAAAUAAAGACUGUUCUGACUAAAGGCAUUGCUGGCAUUGGAAAAACCGUCUCUGUGCAGAAGUUUAUUUUGGACUGGACUGAAGGAACAGCCAAUCAGGAUGUAGAUUUCAUGUUUGUUCUUCCGUUCCGAGAGCUGAACCUGAUUAGAGAUGAGCAGUACACUCUUCAUGAAAUCCUCUGUGCGUUCUACCCUGAGAUUAAAGAUCUGGAGCCACACAUCUAUGAUCAGCAAAAUGCUGUGUUCAUAUUUGAUGGUCUGGACGAAAGCAGAAUUCCUCUUAAGUUUUCAGGAAUUAGGAGAGUUUCUGACAUCAACACAUCAUCGUCAGUCAGUGUCUUGAUGUCGAAGCUGAUCCAAGGAGAGCUGCUUCCUUCUGCUAAGGUCUGGAUAACCUCACGACCAACAGCAGCUGAUCAGAUCCCCUCAGAGUAUGUGAACCGAGUAACAGAAAUUCAGGGAUUCAAUGACCAACAAAAGCAGGAGUAUUUCAGGAAGAGAAUCACAGAUAAGGAGCAAGCCAGGCGAAUCAUCUCACACAUUAAGAUGACAAAGAGCCUUUAUGUAAUGUGCUACAUCCCUGUCUUUAGUUGGAUCUCCGCCACUGUACUGCAGAUUCUGGAUCAAAGUGGUGCUGCAGAAAUUCCUAAAACUCUGACAGAAAUGUAUGCACACUUUCUUCUCACCCAGACAGCAAUGAAGGACGAGAAAUACAAUGUGAGAAAUGAAUCCUGGAAAGAGGUGAUUUUGAAACUUGCUCAGCUGGCCUUCAAGCAACUGAUGAAAGGCAAUUCAAUGUUCUAUGAGGAAGACCUGAAGGAGUGUGACAUUGAUGUUACUGAGGCCUCUGUGUAUUCUGGGAUUUGCACUGAGAUCUUUCAGGAGGAAACUGUCCUUUACCAAAAGAAGAUCUUCUGCUUUGUCCAUCUAAGCUUUCAAGAGUUUAUGGCUGCCCUCUACGUGUUUUACUGCUACUUAAACAAGAAUAUGGAGGUUCUUCAUAUUUUUGAGGUUGCUUUGAGAGGAAGGCAGUGCAGUGGCCAGUCUAAGCAGCAGGAAAACUGGUCUGGAGGAGUUCAAUUGGAAAAACUGUUAAAAGGAGCGGUAUAUAAAGCUCUAGAGACCCCCAACGGCCAAUUAAACCUCUUCCUUCGGUUUCUGCUGGGCAUCUCUCUAGAGUCCAGUCAGAGACUUCUACAAGAGCUUCUGAUGAGUAGAGAAUGGAAUGCAGACAGCAUCAGUAGAACAAGCCAGUUCAUCAAAGACCAAAUCCAGAAAGAAGACCUCCCUGCGGAAAGAUCAGUCAGCCUGUUCCUCUGUCUGCUGGAGAUGAAUGACCAGUCUCUGUACAAAGAGAUUCAGGAAUAUCUUAAACUAGAAAAGCGCUGUGAGAAAAGGCUGACCCCCAUCCAGUGCUCAGCACUGGCGUGUAUGCUUCUGAUGUCAGUGGAGGAGUUGGACGAAUUGGACCUGAAGAAAUACAACACAUCAAGAGAGGGCUGCAGGAGACUGGUCCAGGCUGUGGGGAACUGCAGGAAGGCUCUAAUUUCGAGUUCUAAUCUUACGGCCCAGUGUUUUGAAACCGUGUCUUCAGUUCUGCAAUUACCAAACUCGCCUCUGAAAGAACUGGACCUGAGUAACAAUGACCUGCAAGAUUCAGGAGCAGAGCUGCUCUGUGCUGGACUAAGGAGUUCUCACUGUAAACUCGAGAUUUUGAGACUUGCCAUUUGUAAACUCAGUGAGAAGUCCUGUGAAACACUGGCGUCUGUUCUGCAGUCAGAAAAUCAAGGCCUAAGAGAUCUGGACCUCAGCAAUAAUGACUUUCAGGACUCAGGACUGGAGCUCCUUUCUGCUGGGCUGGAGAGUUCACAUUGUAAACUACAGGUACUCAGGUUGUCAGGAUGUUUGAUUACAGAUGAAGGUUGUUCUCCUCUGGCUUCAGCUCUGAAAUCAAACCCCUGCCACCUGAGAGAACUGGAUCUGAGCUACAAUAAACUGAGAGAGUCUGGAGUGAAGAUACUCUCUGAUCUGCAAAAGGAUCCACACUAUAAACUGGAGACACUAAUUGUGGCUCCUGUGCUGGAUUUGAUCAAACCAGGACUACAAAAGUAUUUCUGCAGGCUGUCAUUGAACCUAAACUCAGCAUGCAGGUCUCUCACAGUGAUGGCUGGAAACAGGACUGUCAGUUAUCAGAUGGAAAAUCCUCGGCCGUAUCCAGAGGAUCCUGAGAGGUUUGAGUACUGGGAGCAGGUUCUGUGUGCAGAACAUAUGUGUGGACGUUGUUACUGGGAGCUUGAAUGGAGCGGUGAAGUGGCAGUUGCGGUGUCCUACAAAGGAAUCACACGAAAGGGCCGGAGUCACGAUUGCGUCUUUGGACACAACGAGAAAUCCUGGAGGCUGAGCUGCUCUAACAUCAGCUACUCCAUUAAACACAACCAGAAGAGCUUGGAUAUCACAGAGUCUCCGUCUCGCUCAGACAGAGUGGGGGUGUAUCUGGACUGGCCGUCCGGGACUCUGUCCUUCUACAGUGUCUCAGAGGACACAAACUCGCUCACACACCUGCACACUUUCCAUGCUGAGUUCACGGAGCCUCUGUACGCAGGGAUUGGGCUUUACAAUUAUUACUCCACAGCAACUCUGUGCCAGACAGAACAACCUGAUGAUCUUUAAAGAAAAAGAAAGUUAACACUCCUGUCUUGCUAGAGUCUGGCCUACAGAUGCCCCCGCCCCCAAUUAUCUGUAUAAAUGACAGUGUUGUAUUUUAGAGCUUAUUCACUUUUUACCCAAUUUGUGUUUUUUAUAAGGUUUUCUGGAGGUUACAAUUAAGGUUUUGAGGUUUUUGUGGUUUUUAUUUGACAUACUUCACGUUUUAUAUAAAACAGGACCCCAACACAGCAGCAUGAAUUCUGAUUUUAAAGAAAAAACAUUUGUAUUAUUAUUUUAUUUGUCCACGGUUAAUGUAAAAUGAAUUAUGUUGGCAGUAUGUUUAUGGUUGUUUAUCAUAUCAAACUGGUCAUAAAAAAUUGUAAAUAAUUGUGAUGUAACACUACACAAAAUUCAUGGUUCACCAUGGCAUAAUCUGAUUUUUUUCUUUUGUUGUUUUUGUACAUAGAGUUGUACAUAGAGACAACUUAGAGGUGCAUACAAUAGGAAAAAGAGAGCGAGCGUGUUAAAUAGCUACAGCUGUCCAAUUUCAUAACACCACAGAGAGUUGUCUGCCCCGUCCACAGACAAGAAACUCGCUUAGGUUGCCAAGUUGAGGAGGCUAAAUCUAUAAUCCAGUAAAAGAUGAGUUCAGCUAAUACGUUUGGAGUGUUUUUAUUGUUUGUGCAUUAUAAACCGUCUCAUGUGAACUUUAUCUGUAGUUAGCUAACCUAGCUUUAUGCACAUUAGCUUUAUAUGUUAGCUAAGCCAACCCGGUUAUUCUGGAAAUACUGACUACUGUACUGUUCUAUACUGUACUGACCACCUUGGGGGUGGAGGUAGUGUUGUGGAAGGAGCAGCAGGAGAUAAGAGAGCAGACUAAACUAAAACCAAACAAAGCCAUGUGCUAAAGAGCACUUGGUGAGACAAACUAGAGGAAAAGAUUGUAGAGGAAAAGCACAGAGAAAGACCAGAACAUCUAUACCUCUAACUGUGUGAUGUAUGUGAAUACUUUGAGCUUUAUUAAUGAGUAGAAGUGAGAAACUAAUCCUGUCCACAUAGGGCUUAAGUCAAAAAUAGCCUUUGAAACACGUUUAAACUUACAUAUGCAUGCAAAGUUAAUUACCUUAAUUAAAAAAAAACAAACAAACAAAAAAACAGGAGGAACAUGACAACUUCAUAUAAAAAUAAGAAUAUAAAUAAGGCCACAACAGUAAAUAUUUCAAUUCUCUGCAUAUCUCUGUAUUCAGACUACAUUAGUAAGAAACUCUUUCUGUCUCUUUUUUCCAAUAUAAGACAAAAUCAGCAUUUUUUAUUCAUCUUUUUUUUUGUUGUAUUUAUUGGAUCCCAACUUACCAGUUGAGAAUUGCUGCACUACACGACACAAAAUAGCAAAUAGUUGUAAAGUGGAAUAAUAAUGAAACAUGGUCUUCAAAAUUUUAAUCAAAUAAAAAUCUGAACAGUGUGAUGAGCAAAAGUAUUCAAAUAACUGGCAUGCCAGUGCCAGAAUUAGAUGCAUUUUAAUCUGACUCGAAAAGUGCUCUCAAUUUUUCGGUAUUAACACUAAAUGAGCAUAAUUAUCUGUGGCCCUACUGUCCUGAUUAUGUAAGUAUCUGUUGGCUACCAUCCUGUUAUAUUGAUAUCAAAAUAUUGAUAUCCUUAUAUUGAUAUCAAAGUACUGUCCAUUCUUAAAACAUCUACAACCCGGUUGUUAUUGGCUUUAUUAAAAAAAUAUUUUGGAAACCACUUUCCCACUCCAAAUACAUACAGACAGAAUAGCAACAUACAUAAUUACACCAAGUGAUUGAAGAGAAUAAAAUAUAAAUAAAUAAACUUACUAACACAUGUACAAUGAUUAGCCUAACAGAUAACAACAGCCCAUAUUAACAGUGUCGUCUCAGGCCACUUCAGGGCACUUGUUAAACUCAGGGCUACAGAUAAAGACUGCAAAAAAAAAAUACUCAAAAUUAUUUGUCAGAUAUUAAAAAAAAAACAACAAAAAAACAA